UUCGCGGUCUUUUCCAUUUUCUCCGUUUUUCGCACUUUUCCGUUCCCAGCAGUUUUCUCUCUUUGUCGGGAAGCUUAAAGGCUAAGAAACCAUGGCUCUUCACUGAUUUUCUCGGAAGAUCCUUGAGCUGUUACACUGACCUCCUUCCUCUUUGGCAUGGGCGUUAACUCUUUCUUCCCCACUUGUGAUUGACUUGGCAACAUGGGUCUUAAUUCAUUAGCGGGACUGGGGAUGAGAUCUACCUCUGAUCAAGUCUCGAUAGAUGCUAUAACCUUGUUUGUGGCUCUCCUUUGUGCUUGCAUUGUGAUUGGUCAUCUUCUCGAGGAGUAUAGAUGGAUGAAUGAGUCAAUCACUGCCCUUGUUAUAGGGUUGUGCACUGGAAUUGUUCUCCUAUUAACUACAGGAGGAAAGAUCUCACUCAUUUUACUAUUCAAUGAGGAACUUUUCUUCAUAUAUCUUCUUCCUCCUAUCAUAUUCAAUGCUGGGUUCCAGGUAAAAAAGAAGCAGUUUUUCCGAAACUUUAUGACAAUCAUAUUGUUUGGUGCUAUUGGUACACUGAUAUCCUUUGGCAUUAUAUCUCUAGGUGCUAUACAAUUAUUCAAAAAAUUGGAUAUCGGUUUCUUGGAGAUAGGGGAUUAUCUAGCAAUUGGAGCAAUUUUUUCAGCUACAGAUUCUGUUUGCACCUUGCAGGUGCUCAAUCAGGAUGAGACACCUUUGCUAUACAGUCUAGUCUUUGGGGAAGGUGUGGUAAAUGAUGCCACAUCUGUGGUACUUUUCAAUGCAAUCCAGAGAUUUGACCUGUCUCACAUCACUUCAGGCAUUGCCUUUCAGUUUGUUGGCAAUUUUUUGUCUCUAUUUUUUGCAAGCACCUUGCUUGGGGUGUUCAUUGGAUUGCUUAGCGCAUACAUCAUGAAGAAGCUGUAUUUUGGAAGGCACUCUACUGAUCGUGAAGUUGCUCUUAUGAUUGUCAUGGCUUACCUUUCAUACAUUAUGGCUGAAUUGUUCUAUUUAAGUGGCAUUCUCACUGUAUUCUUUUGCGGGAUUGUCAUGUCACACUACACCUGGCAUAACGUGACUGAAAGUUCAAGAGUCACCACAAAGCAUACUUUCGCAACGUUAUCUUUUGUUUCUGAGAUUUUCAUCUUCCUGUAUGUUGGUAUUGAUGCCUUGGACAUUGAGAAGUGGCGGGUUGUAAGCAACAGUCCUGGAACAUCAAUUGGGGUGAGUUCAAUUCUUCUUGGACUGGUUCUAGUUGGAAGGGCAGCUUUUGUAUUCCCCCUAUCCUUUUUAUCCAACUUAACUAAGAAAUCUGAGAGUGACAAGAUUGGGUUCAAGCAACAGAUCACAAUAUGGUGGGCUGGACUCAUGCGAGGUGCUGUAUCUGUUGCACUUGCUUAUAAUCAGUUCACUAUGUCAGGCCAUACCCAACUGAGAGGGAAUGCGAUCAUGAUCACCAGCACAAUCACAAUUGUCCUUUUCAGUACACUGGUGUUUGGCUUGAUGACCAAACCCCUUAUAAGCUUCUUGCUGCCUCCUCCAAAAUACUUCAGCAGCAUGAUGUCCUCUGAGCCAUCUUCUCCAAAAUCCUUCUCCAUGCCACUUCUCGCCAAUGGGCAAGACCCAGAUAUUGAAGGGGAUAGCCACAACACUCCCCCUCCAACCAAUCUACGCAUGCUCUGGACCACCCCAACUCAUACCGUCCACCAUUACUGGAGAAAGUUUGACAAUGCCUACAUGCGACCCGUGUUUGGGGGUAGGGGUUUCGUUCCUUAUGUAGCCCCUUCACUAACUGAAAGGAAUGCCCCUCAACUGCAAUGAGCAAAAGCAAGAAAAGCCUAGUGAGUUAUACAUCUCCAAGAUUGGUAUAUAUAUAUAUAUAUAUAUAUAUAUACACACACACACUGUAUAGACUCCCUCACUUCUAUGCUCACUUCAUCAAACUUAGUGUGAAUAGGACUACGUUUCAUGUGAUUAAUUUUACCAGUUUAGGCCUAUAUCUCAAUAACCGCAUCACGUAUGCAUAGUGUUGUUUCCCAAGAAAUCCAUGGCUGGCACCACUGGGCCUGAAAAUUCUUAGUAUUAUUUUUGUAAGGUGAUAUGUAAUUUAAUGGCUGUAGAUACUUAUCAUUAUCUCUUUUGUAUAGACGAUCUUGGAAUAUUAUAUCAUGCUGGUGGAUUAUAAGAA